GACAACCCAGUCCCAGCCCCGGACGCCUGCGCUCCAGCUGGUGAGCCUCCGCCUGGCCUCUGGCCCCAGGUGCCUCGACCCCAGCUGCCCUUGAAGUCAUCAUGACGUGGUCCCCACCAGCCACCCCCUCCCUGCUCCUGCUGCUCCUGCUGCUGGGCCAGGCCCCUCCCAGCAGGCCCCAGUCACUGGGCACCAGGAAGCUACGGCUGGUGGGCCCAGAGGGCAGGCCAGAGGAGGGCCGCCUGGAGGUGCUGCACCAGGGCCAGUGGGGCACCGUGUGUGAUGACAACUUCGCUCUCCAGGAAGCCACAGUGGCCUGCCGCCAGCUGGGCUUUCAGGCUGCCUUGACCUGGGCCCACAGUGCCAAGUAUGGCCCAGGGGAGGGACCCAUCUGGCUGGACAAUGUGCGCUGUAUGGGCACAGAGAGCUCCCUGGACCAGUGCGGGUCUAAUGGCUGGGGCGUUAGUGACUGCAGCCACUCAGAGGACGUCGGGGUGGUGUGCAACCCCCAGCGCCAGCGAGGCUAUCUUUCUGAAAAGGUCUCCAAUGCCCUCGGGCCCCAGGGCCGGCGGCUGGAGGAGGUGCGGCUCAAGCCCAUCCUGGCCAGUGCCAAGCGGCGCAGCCCCGUCACCGAGGGAGCCUUGGAGGUGAAGUACGAGGGCCACUGGCGGCAGGUGUGUGACCAGGACUGGACCAGGAACAACAGCAGGGUGGUGUGCGGGAUGCUGGGCUUCCCCAGCGAGGCACCUGUCGACAGCCACUACUAUAGGAAAGUCUGGAAUUUGAAGAUGAAGGAUCCCACGUCUAGGCUGCAGAGCCUGACAAAGAAGAAUUCCUUCUGGAUCCACCGGGUCAACUGCCUGGGGACAGAGCCCCACAUGGCCAACUGCCAGGUGCAGGUGGCACCAGCAAAGGGCAAGCUGCAGCCGGCCUGCCCAGGUGGCAUGCACACUGUGGUCAGCUGUGUAGCAGGGCCCCGCUUCCGCCCUUCGAAGGCGAAGCCUGAGCGCAAGGAGUCCCAGGCAGAGGAAACGAGAGUGCGCCUCCGCUCCGGGGCCCAAGUGGGUGAGGGCCGAGUGGAAGUGCUCAUGAACCACCAGUGGGGUACAGUCUGUGACCACGGGUGGAAUCUCAUCUCCGCCAGUGUCGUGUGUCGUCAGCUUGGCUUCGGCUCUGCUCAAGAGGUCCUCUUUGGAGCCCGGCUGGGCCAAGGGUUGGGGCCUAUCCACCUGAGUGAGGUGCGCUGCAGGGGAUAUGAGCGAACCCUCGGUGACUGCCCCUCCCUGGAAGGGUCCCAGAAUGGUUGCCAACAUGAGAAUGAUGCUGCCGUCAGGUGCAACAUCCCUAACAUGGACUUCAAGAAUCAGGUGCGCUUGGCUGGUGGGCGCAGCCCCGUGGAGGGUGUGGUGGAGGUGCAGGUGGAGGUGAAUGGGGUCCGACGCUGGGGGUCCGUGUGCAGUGACCACUGGGGGCUCACUGAAGCCAUGGUGGCCUGCCGACAGCUCGGCCUGGGUUUUGCCAACCACGCCAUCAAGGACACCUGGUACUGGCAGGGGACGCCAGGGGCCGGAGAAGUGGUGAUGAGCGGGGUGCGCUGCUCAGGCACAGAGCUGGCCCUGCAGCAGUGUCAAAGGCACGGGCCAGUGCACUGCUCCCAUGGCAUGGGGCGCUUCUCAGCCGGAGUCUCCUGCACACACAGUGCUCCAGACCUCGUGAUGAACGCCCAACUAGUGCAGGAGACAGCCUACUUGGAGGACCGCCCGCUCAGCCUGCUGUACUGUGCGCAUGAGGAGAACUGCCUCUCCCAGUCUGCUGACCGCAUGGACUGGCCCUACGGACACCGGCGCCUGUUGCGCUUCUCCUCACAGAUCUACAAUCUGGGCCGGGCCGACUUCCGCCCCAAGACAGGACGCCACGGCUGGAUUUGGCACCAGUGCCACAGGCACUACCACAGCAUUGAGGUCUUCACCCACUAUGACCUACUGACUCUUAAUGGCUCCAAGGUGGCUGAGGGGCACAAGGCCAGCUUCUGUCUAGAGGACACAAAUUGCCCCACAGGACUGCAGCGGCGCUAUGCAUGUGCCAACUUUGGGGAACAGGGAGUGACGGUUGGCUGCUGGGACACCUACCGGCAUGACAUUGAUUGCCAAUGGGUGGAUAUCACAGACGUGGGCCCUGGAGAUUAUAUCUUCCAGGUGGUUGUGAACCCCAAAAACGAGGUGGCAGAGUCAGAUUUCUCCAACAACAUGAUGCAGUGCCGCUGCAAGUAUGACGGGCACCGGGUCUGGCUGCACAACUGCCACACAGGGGAUUCAUACCGAGCCAAUGCAGAGCUCUUCCUGGAGCAGGAGCAGCGUCUCAGGAACAACCUCAUCUGAAGCCAUCACUGCACACCCCCAGCUGCUGCCCACACACCAGAUACCUCAGCUUAUUGGAGCCAUGCCCUUCACAGAGCCCUAACUCAGAGGGAAAGGGGCCAGUGCCAAAGGGCACCAAGAACCUGCUCAGGAAGCCUUUUGAUGGCAAGUCACCAAACCAGGAUGGUACUGCUCCCUCAGGAUGGCUCUGGGCCUGUCCCCUAAAGGCCUUUGGUCUAUGGACUAUGGCCUCCAGGCUUUGUUAAACUGAGUUUCUCUUCCAUAAGGAGACUCAGUCUUCCCUGGAUCUUGCCCCAGAGUUCCUGGUUCAGGAGCAAUCAGUUCCUUAGGGAUGGACUAUGGCCCAGUCCCCCAUCUAAAUGGUGCUUUGCAAAUGUCUUGAAGGAGUAGAAGACAAAGGACCAAAAUAUACAGGCGGUGGGGUUAGCUCUCUGCAAGGAGCUCAAAGCAACACAACUUGUGUCAAAGUCACAACUGGCAGAGAAGUUGGUAAAUUCAGUCCCUUGCUUUAUCUGUCCUCAUUUAGAACUCGCCUGUCAUACUCUCUAAAAGUCUGUUCUUUAGUGCUCUUACCUUUAUCCUACCGCAAAUGUGGGUAUUUCUAAUAUCCCUGGAAGCUUAGGCCUCAGGCAUCCCCUUACGUCCUGAUGGGCCAACACCACCAGUUACUGAGUGCUUGAGAAGGGGCAAUAUUCGCAAAAGUGGCCAGAUAGGGCCUUCCUGCAGAACAGCAAGAGAAGGCCAAGCAGAAAGACUGCUGGGGUAAUAUGGACUCCAGGCCCUGCCAGGGCCUCUGCCAAGGAAAAAUACAUGCCAUAUGCCUGGCAGGCAAUCCAAUCUCCCUCAAGAUCACUGUGCAUCUCAGGACUGGCCUAAAUUUCAGGUCUCAACCAAGUUUCUGGAGUGAACUUUACACUGAAUAAAUUUUUGCAAUGGAAAGAACAUUGGUCAAACAAGCCACUCACCUCUGUAGGAAUAAGACAGGUCUGGUAGAGUGGAGGAUAGGAGACUAGGAAUAAGUCAGAAGGGGGAACAUUUAAUUUAGUUAAGGACUAAACCUAGGAAAGGCUACCUCCCUGCUUGAUGUGGCUGUGAUAUGCUCUUGCUCAGGUAGUAUAAAAUCCCAUGGUCUUCUUGGACAUGAUUCUUAAUCUUUUCUCCAUUUAGACACACUUAAAAGAUGAUCCUUACAGGUUUGACACCCUAAUGCAAUAAAGGUUGCUCACUAUGGACUGCUA